CUCACAUUCUUCGCGAUGGACGAUGAAGAAGAAGAUGUCGCUUUCAAGCCGGGAGCUAUCAUAGACUCCUCUAAAGCGAAGUAUGUUGUAAUUAGGCUUCUAGGUGAAGGAGGAUUUGGAGCUGUAUACAAGGUACACGACCAGAAAGACCCUGGUAAGGAGUAUGCAAUGAAAGUCGAGAAGAAACUGGAAAGUCGUAAGCAUUCAAAGUUGAGAAUGGAGAUAGCUAUCUUGAAACUAGUCUGCACGGAGCGAAAGCAAUCUCAUUUUACUGCGAUUAUUGACCGCGGAAAAAAAGAAACAUAUUUUUUCUUAGUUAUGCAGCUUGUUGGGAAGAGUUUAGCAGGACUCAAGAACGCCAGACCUUUACGGGUCUUCUCCAUGUCCACUGGGCUGGGAGUUGGUAUCCAGUGUCUGGAAGCAUGUGAGGACCUGCAUAAGUACGGAUUUAUACACCGCGAUUUGAAGCCAGCAAAUUACGCAUGCGGCUUAGGCGAUAAGAAGAGAAUUAUAUAUAUUCUUGAUUUUGGGAUUGCGAGGAAAUACUUAAACGCAAAAGGAGAAAUGAAAGCACCGCGAAGAAUGGUGAAAUUCAAGGGAACUAUUCGCUUUGCAUCAAUAGCCUGCCAUAUGAAUAUAGAAAUGGGUCCAAAAGAUGACUGCGAAUCUUGGUUCUAUUUACUACUUGAUCUCGUUUUAGAAAGAGGUUUAUUGUGGAAAUCCAUAUAUAAUAAGGAUAAUGUCUUGAAGCUGAAAAGAGAUAUGCGAGAUGAGAAAAAGGAUGUUGCAUUUGCGGGAAUACAGUGCAAGGCAGAACUAUGUAAGAUUAUGGAAUAUCUAGACACAUUGCAGUAUCAAGAUCACGUGGAUUACAGUUUCAUCUACAAACUGUGCGAAUUGGGAGCCGUCACUGAAGGUGGAAGCAUACACAAUCCAUACGAUUGGGAGCUGGGAGAAGAUCCUACGCAGACAAUAUCAGGGUAUGUUGUUAUGAACUUCUGUUUGUUUGAAUUGUGUGUAUGUCCACCAUAUAUUAAUAAGGCCAAACUAGUUGCAGAAUAUCUCUAA